UCUGGAACGACACUGGGUACUGCCCAUAUUAGCUAGAUCUUCCCCUUUGUCUAUUGUGCAAUUCAAAUGGCCAUGUUUGAUGACAUGUUGAUAAAGCCAGACUCGGAGAUAAAGCCAAUUUCUGUCUCCCUGUUUAUUGGCAACCGCCAUCUUGCAUCGGUCGGCCCAAAAUUCUCCUGGCAGGCAAAGCGCACCCGCUGUGCUUUCGGCCUCGUCUUUGUUUGACCUUAUGGAAGCCGCCAGUUCCCAAGCUCUUCAACCAAUUCUGUCAUUUUGUGCCAUUUCUGUUAUGGCUCGGAUGUCUGUUGUCCAUUCCGCACCUAGAACUCUUGGUGCUACUAUCACAGCCGCGGCACACUACCGAGGACGAGAAGAAGACCACUUCAAAUUUGAAAUCGUAGCUUCUGAUGCUGGCGGUGAGGUCGGUCGAUCAAUAUUCUGGCACUCGAUAGUGUGCAAGGAGAAUCUUGAAAAUAUGGCUUGUCUCCGCGGCCCCAUGGCGCGAACCAUGCUAGCUGAAAAGAACUCACGUUUUCGCUGUAGUGGUGAAGGAGACAAAGACUCUGGCAAAUGCAAAAUGUGUUAUCCAUUCCGAAUGGCCACGUGGGACUGGAAAUCGAGCGACAUACUGCAUAAUGGCUACUCUCGUGGCUUCCAUCAUGCGGUUCAUCAUGGAUCCACAGCGCUGGUGCGGUUGUGGUUAAGGUGCGGAGUAGACCUAUCUGCUCUCUGGGAAACUGCACUGUAUAUCACAGUCUACUCUGGAAGGGCCGAUGUGCUGAAAAUGCUGAUGGAAAAGGGUGCCAACCCCAAAGAGUGGCGGGGUAGCCAGAUCGAUUCCCCAACAGUAUUGCACAUAGCAUCUAAAGGGAAAAGCGAAGCGGUGAUUGCUAUUCUCCUAGAAGCAGGUCUAGAUCCGAACAAAACUACCUGCGAGUAUUAUUGGACACCCCUGAGCUAUAUGAUGCUUUCCACGAAGGGAAGUUCCAUCUCCAGAGUUAAUAUGGCAAAGUUACUGCUUGAUGCCGGAGCAAACCCGGAUUUGGCGGAUGAUAUGAACUGGACUAGUCUUCAUUUAGCUAUUGAGCGCGGUGAUGCAGACAUGGUUAAAAUUUUAAUUGAAAGGGGCACAAGUCUAACGGUCAUGACUGGGAAAGGGGAUACGCCAUUAUGUCUAGCUGUAAGACUGCAGGAUAAACGCAUGGUCAGAGCCUUGCUGGACAAUGGCUGUAAUCCAUCCCUUGGUAGUGGACGCUGUUCCGCUUUGGACUGGCUGCAGGGUCAGGCAGUCGACGAUUUGCACCCUUCUCAGGCCCGUUCACUCCACCCUUAGUAGGCCCUGCAACCAUUGAAUUUUACUUUUCCGAUCAACACUCUUUGUUAGAUGAUAUUUCACGGGGGAUUGUGCACAAGUCGGUGGGUUUGCGCUAGAGUAAAUAAGGUUAGCGUCUUAAUUCAAGCUUAAAUGUUUAAACUGACCCAUGAGUUACCAA